GCAACUCGGCAAGCCGAGACUCACUGUGCGAGACGCGUCACGAGGCGCGUCCACCGCGUUUUUCAUUUUCGGUCGUCUCGGAUUUUUCCGAAAGUGCACCUGUCAGACGGUCCGCCGAAACCACGCUGACCCGACCGUUUAUCACGCGCGGAUAACAGAUUGAGUUCAGUGAUACGACCACGAAGAGAGCUGGACAGAUCAGCAGAAGAAUUCCGAUCUCAGUUCUGGGAGAUCUCAGCGUACCACUCGGAGUGCGACUUCGACGCGGCGCCCGUCUCGGGAAAAGAAGAAAUAUCCCAUCGGCUUACAGUAGAGAACGCUAUUUUAGCGCGUGCGUUUACGUAGAGAUACUCUCGAACCGUCGUCGAUGGCUUAACAACCGUUUUGAAAAAUCCACGAAGACAGAAGAAAAGCGGAAAAAUGCUUCGUGUUCAUUAUGGGCACGUGGCCCUCAUAGCUUUAAUUGUUAUAUUUACUAUUUUAACAGAACCUGCGAAUUCUCAAUAUGGACCAAGAGAAUACGGAUCAAGAGGAGCAGUCAGAGGAUCACACGCGAAAAGACCACAUCCCUGCGAACAAAGCUCGUGUUAUCCUGCAACUGGAGAUUUACUGAUUGGUCGCAAGAAUAAUUUGGGUGCUUCGUCGACAUGCGGUCUCAGGGGUCCGGAAAGAUUCUGCAUCGUUUCCCACCUUAAGGAAAGGAAGAAAUGCUUCUUCUGCGACGCGUCACUACCCAAGCAACAACACAACAUCGAGAAUAUCGUCAGUCGUGGAUUGUGGUGGCAAGCUGAGAAUGGGAUGGAGAAUGUUACGAUACGCUUUGAUCUCGAGGCGGAGUUUCACUUUACGCACAUCAUUAUUCGCUUCCAAACCUUCCGGCCGGCUGCCAUGCUGAUCGAGCGAUCGUACGAUUUCGGCAAGAGCUGGCAAGUGUACCGGUACUUCGCUCACAAUUGUGAGGCGUUCUUCCCCGGUAUUCCUACCCAUCAACCCCAAAGAUUAACGGACGUCAUUUGCGAAUCGAGAUAUUCAGCUGUAGCGCCGUCCACUGGCGGUGACGUAAUCUUCAGAGUGUUACCGCGAAAUUUGGACAUUGACAAUCCCUAUUCGAAGGAGGUACAGAAUCUCCUGAAGAUCACCAAUCUCAGGAUCAACAUGACGAGGCUUCAUACCUUGGGCGAUGAUUUGCUUGACGACCGGGCCGAGAUUCGCGAAAAAUACUAUUACGCUAUCCAGGAUAUGGUGAUUCGCGGGUCCUGCUCGUGCUACGGGCAUGCUUCCAGGUGUUUGCCGUUACCCGGAGUCGUCGAUGAGGAGAACAUGGUCCAUGGUAGAUGCGAGUGUACUCACAACACUAAAGGUCUCAAUUGCGAGACGUGCGAAGAUUUCUACAACGAUCUGCCGUGGAAACCUGCGGUCGGCAAACAGACGAACGCCUGUAGGCCUUGCAAUUGCAACAAUCAUACCACCUCCUGCCAUUUCGAUGAAGGAGUCUACGAGAGGUCGGGGCGAGUGUCCGGCGGAGUCUGCGACGAUUGUCAGCACAAUACGCGAGGACAGAAUUGUGAACAGUGCAAGCCAUUCUAUUAUCACGACCUAACGAGGGAUAUUUCUGAUCCGGAAGCUUGCCAACCUUGCGACUGCGAUUUGAGUGGCUCUUUGGACGACGGCAUAUGCGAUUCGAAAACCGAUCUUCUCAGCGGCGACGAGUCCGGACGCUGUCACUGCAAAGCAAACAUUGAGGGACGUCGUUGCGAUCGCUGCAAGAACGGCUUCUGGAAUUUCGAGCCUAAUAAUCCUGAGGGAUGUCAAGCCUGUACCUGCAACACUCUCGGCACCGUCGACAACCAAGGCUGCAACAUGUUGACCGGCGAGUGCACGUGCAAACGUUACGUCACUGCACGCGACUGCAAUCAGUGUCUGCCGGAAUAUUGGGGACUCUCCGAGGACCGUGACGGGUGUAAGCCCUGCGACUGCGAUCCCGGUGGCUCCUAUGAGAAUUCCUGCGACGUCGUCACCGGCCAAUGUCGAUGCAGGCCGCACGUCAGCGGAAGAACGUGCAACCAACCGGAGCAAAGUUAUUACACCGGCUCGCUAGAUUUCCUCAUUUACGAAGGAGAGUUAUCUAGAGCCACCGAUAAUUGUCAAGUGGUAAUCAGGGAACCUUAUCGCGAUGGCAGAAACAGCACGUGGACCGGCACGGGUUUCAUGAAGGCUCUUGAGGGCUCGGUACUGAACUUCACUAUCGACGAUAUCCGCAGAUCCAUGUGGUACGACGUAAUCAUACGGUACGAGCCGGUGCACCCGGGUGUCUGGGACGAUGUGCAAAUCAUUCUCGAGAGGGACAGUCCGCCAGAUCCUAACGGUCCGUGCGUCGACUGGAGACCCGAUCACGAUCGUUUGUGGGCCCAGUUGCCGUUGCGUUCGAGGAGCGCCGUGGCCCAGCCGUCCCUAUGCCUGGAGGCGGGAAAGCGAUAUAAUCUAUUAUUGCAGUUCCGCAAAUUUAACGGCCACGUGGACAUACCUUCGGCCUCCAUUUUAGUCGACUCGAUUGUUCUGAAGCCAAGGAUAGACGUGAUACCCUUCUUCAAGAUGCCAGGGCUGGGUGAACUGCGUCGUCAGGAAUACGAACGCUAUCGUUGCGAGGAAUUCUUCAACGACGUCAACAGCGUAUGGAGUAACAUUCCUGAGAUCUGCAAAAAAUAUCAGAACAGUAUUGGCUAUUACGUUUUCGACGGUGCUCAUUCCUGCGAAUGUAAUCCCACGGGUUCGCGCAGUCUUUUGUGUGAGAAUUACGGCGGGAUGUGUCCGUGUAAGCCAAAUGUGGUGGGCAGACGUUGCGACCGUUGCGCGCCGGGCACGUACGGAUUUGGUCCCGAGGGAUGCAUCCCCUGCGACUGCGAUGGCGUUGGUGCUCUCGAUAACUUCUGCGACGUCGAGACCGGCCGCUGCAAGUGCCGUCCCAAUACUUACGGUAGAACCUGCGGUCAGUGCGAGCCCGGUUUCUGGAACUUCCCGCACUGCCAGCGAUGCGAGUGCCACGGACACGCAGACAGCUGCGAUUCGAAAACUGGAGCCUGCAUUAAUUGCCGAGACUUCACUACCGGUCACAACUGCGACCGUUGCGUCGACGACUUCUAUGGCGAUCCACGGAUUGGCGUGGACAUACCUUGUAGAGCGUGUCCUUGUCCAGGUACUCGCGAAUCCGGUCACUCCUACGCCGACGGCUGCUCGCUAGACUCGUUAACGCAGGAUGUGGUGUGCGAGUGUUUCGAGGGAUACGCUGGGCCGCGAUGCGAGCACUGCGCCGAAAAUUACUUUGGCGAUCCGGAAGUACCUGGCGGUAGCUGCCAGCUCUGUGACUGCAGUAAUAACACGGAUUUACGCCGAGCUGGGAACUGCGAUCCUCACACUGGUCACUGUCUGCAGUGUCUGUACAACACCGACGGUCGCAAUUGCGAAGUUUGCAAAGCGGGAUUCUACGGAGACGCCUUCCGGAAGGACUGCCGGGACUGCGGAUGCAACGUUCUCGGCACCGAUAAAUCCGCGGGACCCUGCGAUCAUCGUACUGGACAAUGUCCGUGUCUGCCGCACGUCAUAGGACAGCUCUGCGAUUCCUGCGAGGAGAAUCAUUGGAGGAUAGCCAGUGGACAGGGCUGCGACCCGUGCGAGUGCGAUGCGGUUGGAAGUGUUUCAGACAGAUGCAAUCCCUAUGACGGCACUUGCGAGUGCAGGCCAGGGUUCGGCGGCAGACGGUGCAACGAGUGCCAGACGAAUUUCUGGGGUAACCCGAACGUGGAGUGCUAUCCGUGCGAGUGCGACGUGAUCGGUUCUGCGAGCCAGCAGUGCGACCGCGAGACCGGAGUGUGCAUUUGCCACAAGGGUAUCGGUGGCGAGAAGUGCGACCAGUGCGAUCGCGGCUAUCACGGCGAGGCACCGCAAUGCAGCCCGUGCGGCGAGUGCUUCGACAAUUGGGAUCUAAUACUGGACGGUCUCAAGAACAAAACGCACGCCGUGAUCCAAGAAGCCUCGAGGAUACAGAAGGUCGGUACGACAGGCGUGUACAGCCAAGAAUUCGACGACAUGGAAGAGUCGUUGAACGAGGUGCGGGACCUGAUCAGCAACACCACCAUUAGAAGUCAAGAUCUGGACACGUUGGACGUUCUGGCUGAUGAACUGGCGAAGAAUAUCACCGAAUCGGCGCAGCAGCUGGAGGAAGCGAACAAUCAGUUGGAGAAUCUCAGUCAGCGAGUGAAUCUCGGGGAUGUCGCGCUGAAGAAACUCAAGGAUAGAACGGAAAGCUUGCACGAAGCCGCCGACAAGCUGCGGGAGAAUGCUACCAGAUUGCAAGAGGAGAACGUGCAGGGUGCUCUGAACGUGACGCAACAAAUGGCCGAGCAGUCUAGGCAGGCCGAAAAAAUGGCGAACGAUACCAGUAGCGUUCUGGCGGACGCGGAACGAUUCCGCAAGCAUACGGAAAAUCUCCUGGCGAAGAAUCGCGCCUCCGUGGACGAGGCUCAAGAGAGGAACAAGGAAUCAUUAAUGAAGUUGAACGAGAAGCUGACGGCGUUUGGUAUGAACAUGCCCGAGUUGAAUCUGCAGAUGUGCGGGGACAACGUGACGGAUUGCAGCACCGUCUGCGGUGGUGCGGGCUGCGGCUUCUGCGGAGGUUUGUCUUGCGAUGCCGGUGCGGUGACCAAAGCCAAUCAGGCGCUAGACGUUGCCAAGCAACAAGCCGCUAAAAUUAAGAACCAAAAGGAUGAAGCCGAGCAAUUGCUGCGUAAUAUGAGCCAGAUCAAACAAGACUCGACGGCGGCAAGAUCCAACGCCCAAGAUGCUUUCAAUUAUGCGUGGGACGCGCGCAAUCGCUCCGACAAGAUUACCAAGGACCUCUCGGACAUAACUAAGCGCAUCUGGCAUACUCUGGACGAGGAACAGGCGACACCGGCCAUGGUGAGGGACCUCGCGAACGAGGUGCUCGAGAAGAACAUCCAGCUGGAACCGGAUGAAAUUACGCGGUUAGCUGACCAUAUCAAGAGCAUCGUGGGCUCACUCACCGAUUCCGAGAAGAUCCUCGCCGAUACCAAGGACGAUCUUCAACUGGCUCACGAUCUCGAGAUGCGUGCGAAACAAGCCAAAGAGAUAGCUAUCGAGGAGCAGAAUCUGGCGAGUAAAGUGAUCCUGCUGUUAAACGACACGCAGACGGCUCAACGUCUAGCGCAGAGCGCGAUCGACAAGGCAGAGGCCGACGUGUCGAGGUCGCAGGAUGACCUGGCGGACAUCGCCGAAGUGACGAAAGCCGCUCAGAUUCAGGCAAACACCACUACUCAAUCGGUGGAGGCGUUGGACGCCCGUCUGAAGCAGCUUCAGACGCAAUCCGUAAGAAACGACUUUGUCCUGACGAAGGAAAUCGGCGUGGAGGCGAAGAAGGUCGCCGACGAGGCGCGGGCAAUCGACGGCAAGACGAAGAAACUGUCGGAGGAGUACAAGAGGGCGGACGAGUCGCUAAACCAACGGGUGAACAAGAGCAAGGGUGACAUACAGCGAGCGAAGAUGCUUUUGCAGCGGGCAUCCGAGCUGACGGCCGACACGUCGACCAAGUUCAAGGAUCUGGACGGUAUGGAGAGUGUCUACAGGGAGAACGAGCGGGUAUUGACGGAUCUAAUGAGCGACGUGGAUGCGCUGACGCUCGAGAUGGAAAGACACCUCGCGGAGAUCGAGCGGAAGUCGCACUCGUACAGGCAUUGCUCCCCCUAAAACUCCUUACGAUUGUUUGAAAAUCACGUCAACGUCGAAAAUUUCGUCUGUAAAAAAAUGCAUAAUACGUACGUUACCGAUGGGUCUUCUCCUCGUUAUUAUUACGUUUAACAUCUCGCAGAUAUCUCAGCGUUGUAGAGCUGCUCGCUUCACAGACGGGGUCGUUCCUGGUGCGCAUCUUACCGCGAGAAAUCUUUAGGUCUGUAAGAUUGGUGCUUUAUACUUGUGCAAUAGCCGCGAUUUUUACCAUGGUUUAUUAGAAAACGAAAACGAAGAUCUUAUCGUAUUUGUGUAUUGCAUGUACACGUUUGGCAUUCGCAAUUUAUUCUAGAUAGUAUUGCGAACGGCAGAGAGAGAGAGAGAGAGAGAGAGAGAGAGAGAGAGAGAGAUUAUCAUUAGUGCCAUAAAUGUAAAUGGAGGGGCCAUUAGUAGCUGUAAAGAGGACGAUUUACACGUACGUCGAUUACAAAUAUAUAUAUCUCGCUUUGCGCGCGACUGUCAGCGAGACACUGCCUUCUCUAGCAUUUAGCUUUGCCAAAUUUUCUCUCAACCUUUUUACAAGUUUUAUACUUUUACAAUCGUAACGCACACGUUUUUUUUAAUUUUAUAAUAAGAAAUACAAGCUCUAUAUAUUUGCUGAUAUGUGUAUAAGUACUCAAUUACUUACUCUCAGUACUUACGCGAGAAAUACUAUAGCGAAGUAUUAAGCUCGUAUUCCAUAGAUGGUACCAUAAAAAUAAGUCCUACGUAAUGUAAAUAACUGAAAUAACUGUGUAAGACAGUAAGAGAGAUGUUAAUAUAGACACUUUAUAACGCGCAGGAGCGCGGAUUAUCUUCCAUCGAAUAUGGAACAUUCGAUAUUUCGCUGAGAUAUAUAAUACACGUACGUUUUAUCUACAAACGAAAAG